AUGUCAUCAACCAUGUUAAGAAGAACUCCAAGUGUGUUGAGACAGUUCACUAGAGCUAGAAGUUCUAGUUCUACAUCUGCUUUGGCAUAUAAAAACUUACAUCGUAAUCAAAAAAGACCACCAUUACCAACUUUAGAAACUCCAAAUUGGUCAGCUGAUACUGCUGUUUCUUCUAUUUUAUAUGAAACUCCAGUUAUUUCUAAAGCUCCACCAAAACAACAUGUUUUGAAUUGUUUAGUUCAAAAUGAACCAGGUGUUUUAUCUGGUGUUUCUGGUACUUUAGCUGCUAGAGGAUUCAACAUUGAUUCUUUGGUUGUUUGUAACACUGAAGUUAAAGAUUUGUCAAGAAUGACUAUUGUUUUGAAAGGUCAAGAUGGUGUUGUUGAACAAGCCAGAAGACAAAUUGAAGAUUUGGUUCCAGUUUAUGCUGUUUUGGAUUAUACUAAUGCUGAAAUCAUUAAAAGAGAAUUAUUAUUAGCUAGAGUUUCAUUAUUGGGUCCUGAAUAUUUCCAAGAAUUAAUUGCUACUCAUCAAUUACAUAUUGAUGAUGCUUCAUCUAUUCCAGAUUUAAGUGCUUGUGAAUCAGCUUAUCAUCCAAGUAAUUUAGCUCCAAGUGAAGCUUUAAGACAAAAACAUUUACAUUUAGAUCAUAUUUCCACUUUAACUAAACAAUUUGGUGGUAAAGUUGUUGAUAUUUCUGAUAGAAAUGUUGUUGUUGAAUUAAGUGCUAAACCUUCAAGAGUUACUUCUUUCAUUACUUUGUUGCAACCAUUUGGUAUUUUGGAAUUGGCAAGAUCCGGUAUGAUGGCUUUACCAAGAACUCCAUUAGAAGUUUAUGCUGAAGAAGAAGAAGGUGCUGUUGAUGCUGCUGAUAUCGUUGAUGCUUCUCAAUUACCACCAGGUUAA